AUGGAAAGUGGCUAUAACUCAGACCAAGUCCCACGUGAUGGCCAGGUGAAGGGGAGGGGCAGCGAGCCUGCUGCCUUUGAGGACCCAGGGACCCUGGAGAGCUCCACCCUCUUCUCCAAAAGGAAUGUGCCAGGGACCCUGGAGGAGGAGGAGGAGGAGUCCCAGGACCCCCUUAGGGAGCAGGACCUGAAGGAGGCCUAUGUCCAGCUGGUCCGAGGUAUGCAGGAGUGGCAAGACGGCUGCGUCUACCGAGGGCAUUUCGGGCUGGACAUGAAGCUGGGGUAUGGAGAAUUCUCGUGGCCCACAGGCGAGUCCUACCAGGGGCAGUUUUACCGGGACCACCGCCACGGCUUUGGUACCUACAUGUGGCCAGAUGGCUCCCGUUUCACCGGCAUGUUUUAUCUCAGCUGCCGGGAUGGUUACGGCACCAUGUACAUGAAGGCAAGGCUCUUCCAGGGGCUGUACAAAGCAGAUGAGCGCUUCGGGCCGGGCAUCGAGACCUACCCCGACGGCAGCCAGGACGUGGGGCUGUGGUUCCGGGAGCACCUGGUCAAGCUGUGCACCGAGAUCCCCAGCGGCUUCUCCAUGCGCCGCCGGUACCCCGAGUUCGCCGGCUGCCUUGCGCACCCGCCUGCUCGCAUCAGCCUGUCUGACGAGGAGGCCAGGAAGUGGGACCUGGACGAGGCCCGGGACCCGUUCUUCUACGACUACAAGCAGUUUCUGCUGGACGACGACCUCACGCUGCCCCCGGAGCUGUACAUCUACUCCACCGACAACGCACACCUGCCCAUGACCCGCUCCUUCCGCAGAGACCUGGACGCCCGGGCCUUCCUGCACGACGUCCCUCCCUUCGUGGAGGACGGGGAGCCCUGGUUCGUCAAAAACGAGACCCCGCUGAUGCUCAAAAUCCAGAAGCAAGCGUACAAGUUCAGGAACAAGAAGGCGCACUCCAGCUGGAACAUGGGCGCCAUCCUGGACGGGAACCGGAGCAGCUUCGCGUGCGCGGGGCCCAAGGAGCGGCUCGCCAGGGAGAUGAUCCUGAAGGCAGAGGAAGGGAACUACGACUGGAUUUAUGGGAUCCUGAGGGACAACCUUGCCAGUCCGGACGUGGCCGACGCGCAGGGCUACACCGUGCUGGUCGCCGCCGCAGUCCACUGUCACAUUGACAUUAUCAACCUGCUGCUGGACCACGGGGCUGACGUGAACAGGUGUACGGAUGAGGGCCUCACGGCGCUGGGAGCUUGCUUCCUCCUCUACUACCCGGCCGGGACCUUCAAGCCCAACAUCGCCGAGAGGACAGCACCUGAGCCCCAGUGCCUUCCAAAGGAAGCUCCAAAAUUCUCAGCGACUCAGAACUCCUUCACGUUCCACGACUCGGACUCGACCUACUCUGAGGAGAUGGUGCUCACCUCAGGCAGCCCCGAGUCCAUCGACCGCCGGGGCAGCUCCCAGAAGUGUGGGUCCACGUCGCUGAGGGGCAGCACCAGCGACUCGGACAAGGGGCCGGACGACGCGUUGGAAAGCCUGGACCAGGGCACGCUGGGCAGCCACGAGUCCGUCUUCGGGUCCAACAUGUGCGUGCAGAACUUCUCCAUCGAGCUGUCCUGGGACCUGCUGGAGAAGGGUGCUGAGGUCUACAGCAGGCUCCGGGCCACCUCCGGCGACACGGGCUCCAACAGGGGCACCAUGAGGCAGAUGGCGCUGUCGAUGAUCGAACGCAGGAACAGGUGGCUGACCAUCCACCGCCUGCUGCACCGAGGCGCUGACCCCAACCUGUGCCGCGUGCCCAUGCAGGUCCUGUUCUUCGCCGUGAAGGCGGGGGACGUGGACGGGGUGAAGCUGCUGCUGGAGAACGGCGCCAGGACGGACGUCCAGCUGCCCCCUGAGCAGGGGGCCCUGACCCCCCUCCACAUUGCAGCGGCCCUUCCUGGGGAGGAAGGCAUCCAGAUAACAGAGCUGCUGCUCCACGCCAUCAUGGACGUGGACACCAGGGCGGCCGACCAGGACGACAUGCGCAAACUGAGCAAGCUGGACCUGCUGCCCUCAAGCAUGAAGCUCAGCAAUGAAGCAGGCCCGCCCAGCGCCUACUACAGUGCGACCGCGCCGGCCCCUGAAGAGGGGGGCAGGACGCCUCUGCAUGUGGCCUGUGAGCGAGAGGACAACCACAGGCACGCCAGGGACAUCGUCCAGCUCCUCCUGUCCCGCAGAGCGAACACCAGCCUGCUGUGGUGCGGCCACUCCCCACUCUCUCUGGCCAUCGCCAGUGGGAAUGACCUGAUUGUGAAGGAGCUGCUGUCCCAUGGCGCUGACCCCAACCUGCUCCUGACCAAAGGCUUGAACAGUGCCCUGUGUGUGGCCUGCGACAUCGCCUACGAGCAGCAGAGAACCUUCGACGGCAGGCUGGCCCUGAUUGACCGGCUCAUUAACUACGGGGCCGACAUCCUGGCCCCUGUGACGCUCACGCAGGGGGACAAGGUGGCUGUGGGCACGGCUGUUGACUACGCGUAUUUCAAAUUCUACCAGGACCGGAAGCUCGCCCACUGCCCCUUCCACACGCUGAUGCCAGCGGAGCGGGAGACGUUUCUGGCCCGGAAGCGGCUCCUGGAAUACAUGGGCUCCCAGCUGCGCUGCGCUGUCCUGGCCAAGGAGAGCCAGUGGGACCCGAGGACGCUGUACCUGAGCAAGAGAGCGGAGCUCACCCCCUGCCACAGGCUGAAGCAGAAGGCCACCAGCACGCCCAGGGCGCUGCACUUGGAGGAGCUGCAGCAGAUCCCGUUCUUCAAGUUCUGCCACCAGUGCGGCCGCUCGGUCGGGGUGCACCUGCUGCCCUGCAGCCGCUGCUACGGGAUCCUGACCUGCAGCAAGACCUGCAAGACCAAGGCCUGGGUGGACUUCCACAGCAAGGACUGCGGCGCCAUGAUGGCCGUCGGGAACGUGCACAAGCCUGGGAUGACAAAGAAGUCACAGAAGGCCCGGGACAAGGGCCCCACGGGAGCAGCACCAGCACCAGCCAGGCAGGUAUACUCCAGCUACAACCAGGAGUGA